AUGGCAGGCUCACAGCCUCAAUCAUCUUCGGCGCCGGUGGGAGAAACAGUUUCACCACCUGUCAUGCCAAAUACAGGAGAAAUGCCACAAACAUCUGCUGACUGGGUUUCUUAUGUUCAGCAAUUGAACAACCAGCAUAAUUUGGCCAUGCAGAAUAUGUUGCGCGAGCAACAAAUGUUGCGGGAGCAACAAAACCUUAUGCAAAAUACGUUAAAUCAGGCGUUAUCAAGGGUUACUUUGCAACUCAUCCAGACGCCACCAGAACUAUCACCAUCCAGGUUACAGGCAAAUUUUGCGUGGCCCUCAUACGUGGACAGCACUUUUCCAAGUGUUACAGCCCUAAGGGUUGACAGAGGGAAGACUUCUCUUACGUACCCGAAUAAUAUUCCGUUGGGUGUUAGGACCGAGCCUACCGACCUCAGGGGGGAAAGAUUCGGAGGUCAGGCUCACAAUCCCAUUCAGGUAUUGGAUCCAGUCCCACCCAGAGUAGACCCAGAGGACAUUGCUCAGGUCUUGAGGGUACAUUUUGGAAUGAACCCCCAGACGGUCAACAGACCUGCGUACCAGAGGCCAUUUCCAGAAAGAAUCAUCAACGAGCAUCCGCUUCCAAGGAAUUACAGACCACCCGAUUUUCAUUCUUUUUCUAGAGAAGAUGGGGCGUCAACUAUUGAGCAUGUAGGACGCUUCACGGCUCAAUUAGGGGAAGUAGGCAAUAAUUCUUUCUAUAAAUUACAAUUGUUCGGGUUAUCGCUUACAAGGACCGCUUUUUCAUGGUUUGCAAAUUUGCCACCCGGGCAGUUGCAAACCUGGGAGAGUCUGGAGGCAGCAUUUCAUGCAAGAUUUUUUAAUCCUCUCCCGACAGUCUCACUCACAGAUCUUUUAGAGAUCCGACAGAUGCCAGAAAAGACCGCGUAUCAGUUUAUUGAACGGAUACGACUCAUGAAAGGCAGAUGCCUGACAAUCAUCGAGGAAAGUGAAAUGACCAAUUUGGUGGUCAGGAACAUGCAUUCCAGACUUCGGGAGGCAUUGACAGCCCAUGAUGUUCAGGACUUGGCUAGUCUGGCCUCCAAAGUAGGGAGAUUAGAAUAUUUGUUUAGAGAAAAAGAUCACAACUUUCGUUGGAACAGGGUACAGCAAAUGGUUAGUGUUGAUACAAAGAUUUAUUCGCCAGAUGAAGGAAAUAUUAUUGAAGAGAUGGCAGCUGAAAUUGUGAAUGGCAAACCGUAUGUAUGUUCGAAACUAAAGCCAUUACCAGGAACAGAGGAGAGGGAGCAGCCGACCUUCGAUGUAUCCAAGGCCGACGAGAUCUUCGAUAUUCUGUUGGCAGAUGGGCAGAUUCGCAUUCCUAAAGGGCAAAGUUUGGCAACGAAGGAAGAAAUAAAGGGGAGGCCAUACUGUAAGUGGCAUAAUUCCUUUACUCAUUACACUAACCAAUGCACACAUUUCCGAAAGGAAGUACAGAAGGCUAUUAAAGUAGGGAGAUUCAAAUAUGUAACAAUAGGAGUAGAGCAUCAGCCCUUCCCUAAAGUAACUACUGCAAUGAUCUCUUUGCGUUCUUCACAAGUUGUGCAGAGUGAUGAUGAAGAGGACACCAAACGAAAAGAACGCAAGCCAAAGGAACGGGAAUCCAAUUAG